AUGGCGCAGCCAACCUCCUUCGAGCCGCAAAUCUUCGCGGAGAUCCGCGCCGUGCUGGAUGAGCGCGUCAUGUACAUCGACGGCGCCAUGGGCACCAUGAUCCAGCGCCACAGGCUCAAGGAGGCCGACUUCCGCGGGGAGCGCUACCGCAACCACUCGAACGACCUGCAGGGGAACAACGACAUCCUCUCCAUCACCGCCCCGCACGUCAUCCAGGAGAUCCACGAGCAGUACUUGGAGGCCGGCGCCGACUUCAUCGAGACCAACACCUUCUCGGCUACCAAGAUCGCCCAGGCCGACUACGAGCUCCACAACGACCCCAAGGACGUCUACGACAUCAAUUUUGAAAGCGCUAGGGUCGCCCGCGCCGCCUGCGAUACCUACUUGGAGAAGGACGGCCGCAAGAGGUACGUGUGCGGCGCCAUCGGGCCCACCAACAGGACCCUCUCCAUCUCCCCGGAUGUCAACGAUCCCUCCUUCCGUAACAUCACCUUCAUGGAGGUCGUCGAUGCCUAUGUCGACCAGGUCCUCGCCUUGGUCGAGGGCGGCGUCGAUGUGCUGCUCGUCGAGACCAUUUUCGACACCCUCAACGCGAAGGCCGCUCUGUUCGCCAUCGAGCAAUACUUCAAUCUCAACCCGAACCGCGACCGCCUCCCCAUCUUCAUUUCCGGUACCAUCGUCGAUAUGAGCGGCCGCACCCUGUCCGGACAGACCACCGAAGCCUUUUGGACCUCGGUCGAGCACGCCAAACCCAUGGCCGUUGGCCUCAACUGCGCCCUAGGCGCAAAGGAUAUGCGCCAGUAUAUCGAGAGGCUCGGCCGCUGCUCGGAUGCAUACAUCAUCUGUUACCCGAACGCAGGCUUGCCCAACGCCAUGGGCGGCUACGAUCAGACUGGCCCAGAGAUGGCUCAGGAGCUUUCCAGCUUUGCCAGUAACAAACUGUGCAACAUUGUCGGCGGUUGCUGCGGGUCUACUCCUGCCCAUAUCGCUUCUAUCGUUGACCUUUUCUCGAAGAACAAACCCAAGCCACCGCCGAAGACUUUGCCCAAUGUCAUGCGCUUGUCAGGUUUGGAGCCGUUUGAGCUUGACCCUUCUCUCGUUCGCUUUGUCAAUGUCGGAGAGAGGUGCAACGUCGCUGGAUCCGGCUUUUUUAAAAAGCAGGUGCUUGCGGGCAACUAUGAGAAAAUGCUCGAGAUUGCCCUUAAGCAGGUCAACAAUGGCGCACAAGUCAUUGACAUCAACUUUGAUGAGGGUCUCUUGGACUCUCAUGCUACCAUGAGAAAGUUUUGCAACUUGCUUGCCACAGAACCGGAUGUCGCCAAAGUCCCCUUCAUGAUUGAUUCAUCAAAGUUUGAUGUCGUAGAGCAAGGCUUGCAGUGCAUACAGGGUAAGUGCAUCGUCAACUCUAUUUCCUUAAAGGUUGGCGAGGAGGAGUUUAUAAGACACGCUCGCCUUGUUAAGCAGUACGGCGCUGCAGUCGUUGUCAUGGCAUUUGACGAGGAGGGCCAGGCAGCCACAAGAGACGACAAGGUUAGAAUUUGCGAGCGAGCGUACCGCAUUCUUGUCGAUGUUGUCAAUUUUAAUCCCAAUGACAUUAUUUUUGAUCCCAACAUCCUCACGGUUGCCACCGGUAUUGAAGAACACAAUAACUAUGCGGUGGACUUCUUUGAAGCAACAACACUCAUCAGAGAAAAGCUUCCGCACUGCCAUAUCUCCGGGGGUGUGUCAAACAUAUCGUUCUCUUUCCGAGGAAACAAUGCCCUUCGUGAGGCGAUGCACUCCGCGUUUUUGUACCAUGGAAUUUCCAAGGGAAUGGAUAUGGGCAUUGUCAAUGCAGGUAUCAUUCCAGUGUACUCUGAUGUCCCGCAAAAGUUGAUGGAUCUAAUUGAAGAUGUCCUGCUCAAUCGAAGUCCAGAAGGCACCGAGAAUUUGCUAGAAUUUUCUCUCACGAUGGAUAAGAAGAGUUCUACUGCGGGACAGACUGAUGCUGAAAAGAACAAAUGGCGCGAACUUCCUGUCACGGAAAGACUUUCACAUGCUCUCGUGAAGGGUAUUGACGCAUUUGUUCUCGGUGAUGUCGAGGAGGCGCGUGUUGAGGCUGAUAAGCCCCUUGAUGUUAUCGAGGGUCCACUUAUGGAUGGUAUGAAUAUAGUCGGAGAUCUAUUCGGAGCUGGAAAAAUGUUCUUACCGCAAGUGAUUAAGUCUGCUCGUGUCAUGAAAAAGGCUGUGGCCGUGCUCAUUCCGUACAUGGAAGCUGAAAAGGAAUUGCGAAUAGCUGAGGCGGAGGCCAGGGGAGAAGUCGCAUCGGCAGAUGACAUGUACGCAGGGACGAUGGUAAUUGCAACGGUCAAGGGCGACGUGCAUGACAUCGGGAAGAACAUUGUCGCUGUCGUUCUUGGUUGCAAUAAUUACCGCGUCAUUGAUCUUGGUGUCAUGUGUCCGACAGAUAAAAUCAUUGAUGCCGCGCGUGAGCAUAACGCAGACGUCAUUGGACUUUCGGGUCUGAUUACGCCUUCGCUUGACGAAAUGGUUUAUGUUGCCGCGCGCUUGGAGAAGGAGCAAAUGAAAAUUCCUCUUCUCAUUGGCGGGGCAACGACGUCGAAGAUGCAUACCGCUGUGAAAAUCGAUCCUAGAUAUAGCGCGCCUGUUGUUCACGUCUUGGAUGCUUCUCGUGCUGUCACGGUGGUCUCAUCGCUCCUUGAUGAGAACAACAACGUCGAUUUCCGGGAGGACAUUGAAGAAGAAUAUGAGGAACUAAGGGAAGAGCACUACGCCGGGCUUGAAGAGCGGAAAUACAUCUCUCUGCCUGAGGCACGCAAAAGAAAACUCGUUAUUGAUUUUACUGGCUCUGAACCUCCUGCACAAGCACCGCAGCAACUGGGGGUAAAAGUGCUGAAUGACUUUCCACUGGAAGAAACCUUGAAGUACAUUGAUUGGAACCCAUUCUUCCAAACCUGGCAGCUGCGUGGUAAAUAUCCCAACAGGGGAUACCCAAAGAUCUUCAAUGACGAAACUGUUGGUGCAGAGGCAAAGAAACUGUUUGACGAGGCACAGGAAACGCUGCUCGACUAUGUCAAGAACAAGAAGCUGACAGCAAACGGAGUUGUUGGGUUUUUCCCCGCCAACAGUGUCAACGAUGACGACAUCGAAUUGUAUGCACCUGAGGCGGACAAUGACCGCAAGGAGCCCGUCGCCGUUUACCGCACACUUCGCCAGCAGGCAGAGAAGGAGGAUGAUGAAGCACGCUACCUCGCCAUGGCAGAUUUCAUUGCACCAAAAGAGUCAGGCAUGAAAGAUUACAUCGGAAUGUUUGCUGUUGGUAUCUUUGGCGCUGAGGAAUUGAUUGCACAAUACAAAAAGGAUUUGGACGACUACAACGUCAUUAUGUGUGAAGCACUUGCCGAUCGUCUUGCCGAAGCUUUUGCAGAGAAACUUCACGAGGAUGUGAGGAACAAAAUGGACUUCUGGGGCUACACGCAAGGCAACGAGAAAUUGUCACCCGAAGACUUGAUUAAGAUUAAGUAUACUGGGAUUCGACCAGCUCCGGGAUACCCCUCGCAACCAGAUCACACAGAAAAGGAGACUAUGUGGCAACUUCUUGAUGCGGAGAGUAACUCGAACUUGCGGUUGACUGAGAGCCUUGCAAUGCUUCCUGCUGCUGCAGUAUCAGGGUUGUACUUUGCGCACGAAAAAUCACAAUAUUUUGCCGUCGGAAAAAUCACUAAGGAUCAAGCGACAGAUUAUGGAGAGAAGCGCAAGGGUUGGAGUACUGGUAUAACUGAGAAGUGGCUGAGGCCGAUUCUUUCGUAUGACACAGAUAUUUGACUGAGUAGUGUUUAACAAGUUUUGGUAAUUUAGAGCAUAGCACCCUCUAGGACGAUCCUUUUUUAGUCCACACUUUCCAACCUCUUGACUAAUGGUGUAAUAGUGAUGAUGCAUGCGCCGAAGAGGAGGGAAAUUGAAGAGUAAGCUUGCACACAUGUUGCAGUUUUCCACGGAGGGUAUUUGUGUAUCCACAUCCCAGCAAGUGCGCUUGGAGAGAUUGUGGGACCCACAGUAAACUCAAGAAUCGCUGUGCUAUCCUUCCCAGCUGCGGUUUUGAAGUAUUAACAAA